GACGUCCGCACCCGCAGCGCCCGGCUCCGGAGCGCGCAGCUCAGCUCCGGCUGGCCAGAGCCAUCGAAGGAGCCUGGCAGGCUCCAGGCAGGGCUGGGGCGCGGACCGUGAGUGUGCUCCGAGGGGUUUGGGGGGCCAGGGACCCCAGGAAGCCCGCAGGCGGGUAGCAGUCAAGGGGCGGGGCCCCGGGCUGGGCCACGGUGGCCGACAGAGGGUCUGCGGGAGGCAGUGGCUCGACCCAGGGCGAGCCGGGAGCUUCAGGUGGUAGCAAGCUACUCCAGCAACUUGAACUUGGCAUCGCAAGCCUGGCAGGCAGGUGCCACAUCCUGAGCUCAGCAUCCAGCUGGUCCCGGGGAGACAGAGGGCCAGCAGGUGUCCCUGUGGAAGGAGCGGUCCAAGGACUCCAGAAAGCAUCCGCCGGCAGCCUCUACACGAUGCCGCUUCUCGGGGCUCCAGGACCAGCCACCCUGCACCUCUGCAACGGAGGCGGCGAAAAUGGAGAAACGAACGCCCUGUCUCCUGUCCUGCCAUUAACCGCUCUGUAAACAUGUGUCCCCACAAAAAGGCGUGAACUGCACCAAGGGGGAAGGGGGGUGGUUCUCGGACCCCCAAACCGCUAACACUUUUGACUGCCCUCCUGGGGAAAAGGCAGGGCCAUGGCAUCAUACAGCUGCUUUUUGGCCCUUUUGGCUCUCGCCUGGCACUCGUCUGCCUAUGGGCCCGACCAGCGAGCCCAAAAGAAGGGGGACAUUAUCCUGGGGGGUCUCUUUCCUAUCCAUUUUGGAGUAGCAGCCAAAGAUCAAGACCUGAAGUCAAGACCAGAGUCUGUGGAGUGCAUCAGGUACAAUUUCCGUGGAUUCCGGUGGUUACAAGCCAUGAUUUUCGCCAUAGAGGAGAUAAACAGCAGCCCCGCCCUUCUUCCCAACUUGACGCUGGGAUACAGGAUAUUCGACACCUGUAACACGGUCUCCAAGGCCUUGGAGGCCACCUUGAGUUUUGUUGCCCAGAACAAAAUCGAUUCUUUGAACCUGGAUGAGUUCUGCAACUGCUCAGAGCACAUCCCUUCCACGAUCGCAGUGGUGGGCGCAACCGGCUCGGGAGUCUCCACGGCGGUAGCUAACCUGCUGGGGCUCUUCUACAUCCCCCAGGUGAGUUAUGCCUCGUCCAGCAGGCUCCUCAGCAAUAAGAACCAGUUCAAAUCCUUCCUCCGCACCAUCCCCAACGACGAGCACCAGGCCACAGCCAUGGCUGACAUCAUCGAGUACUUCCGUUGGAACUGGGUGGGCACCAUUGCAGCGGAUGAUGACUACGGCCGGCCGGGCAUUGAGAAGUUCCGGGAGGAGGCCGAGGAGAGAGACAUCUGCAUUGACUUCAGCGAGCUCAUCUCCCAGUACUCCGGGGAGAAGGAGAUCCAGCAGGUGGUGGAAGUGAUCCAGAACUCCACGGUCAAGGUCAUUGUCGUGUUCUCCAGCGGCCCAGACCUAGAGCCCCUCAUCAAGGAGAUCGUGCGUCGCAACAUCACAGGCCGCAUCUGGCUGGCCAGCGAGGCCUGGGCCAGCUCCUCUCUGAUUGCUAUGCCGGAGUACUUCCAUGUGGUCGGGGGCACCAUUGGGUUCGGCCUGAAGGCUGGGCAGAUUCCCGGCUUCCGAGAAUUCCUGCAGAAGGUCCAUCCCAGGAAGUCUGCCCACAAUGGCUUUGCCAAAGAGUUUUGGGAAGAAACGUUCAAUUGCCACCUGCAGGAGGGCACUAAAGGGCCUUUACCUGUGGACAGCUUCGUGAGGGAUCGCGAGGAAGCUGGCAACAGGCUAAGCAACAGCUCCACGGCCUUCCGACCCCUCUGCACGGGGGAGGAGAACCUUAGCAGUGUGGAGACCCCCUACAUGGAUUACGAACACCUGCGGAUCUCCUACAACGUGUACUUAGCCGUCUACUCCAUCGCCCACGCCCUGCAGGAAAUUUACACCUGCUUACCGGGAAGAGGGCUUUUCACCAACGGGUCCUGUGCAGACAUCAAGAAGGUUGAGGCCUGGCAGGUCCUGAAGCACCUGCGGCACCUCAACUUCACCAACAACAUGGGGGAGCAGGUGGCAUUCGACGAGUGUGGUGACCUGCUGGGGAACUAUUCCAUCAUCAACUGGCACCUCUCCCCAGAGGACGGCUCCAUUGUGUUCAAGGAAGUUGGGUACUACAACGGAAAUGCCAGGAAAGGAGACAGACUCUUCAUCAAUGAGGAGAAGAUCUUGUGGAAUGGCUUCUCCCGAGAGGUGCCCUUCUCCAACUGCAGCCGGGACUGUCUGGCAGGGACCAGGAAGGGAAUCAUCGAGGGCGAGCCCACCUGUUGCUUUGAGUGUGUAGAGUGCCCUGAUGGGGAGUACAGUGACGAGACAGACGCGAGCGCCUGCGACAAGUGCCCGGAUGACUUCUGGUCCAAUGAGAACCACACUUCCUGCAUCGCCAAGGAGAUUGAGUUCCUGGCGUGGACCGAGCCCUUCGGCAUCGCGCUCACUCUCUUCGCGGUGCUGGGCAUCUUCCUGACGGCCUUCGUGCUGGGCGUCUUCAUCAAGUUCCGGAACACGCCCAUCGUCAAGGCCACCAACCGGGAGCUGUCCUACCUCCUGCUCUUCUCGCUGCUCUGCUGCUUCUCCAGCUCGCUCUUCUUCAUCGGGGAGCCCCAGGACUGGACGUGCCGCCUGCGCCAGCCGGCCUUCGGCAUCAGCUUCGUGCUCUGUAUCUCGUGCAUCUUGGUGAAGACCAACCGGGUCCUCCUGGUCUUCGAGGCCAAGAUACCCACCAGCUUCCACCGGAAGUGGUGGGGGCUCAACCUGCAGUUCCUGCUGGUUUUCCUCUGCACCUUCAUGCAGAUCGUCAUCUGUGUGAUCUGGCUCUACACGGCGCCCCCCUCGAGCUACCGCAACCACGAGCUGGAGGACGAAAUCAUCUUCAUCACGUGCCACGAGGGCUCGCUCAUGGCGCUCGGCUCCCUGAUUGGCUACACCUGCCUGCUGGCUGCCAUCUGCUUCUUCUUCGCCUUCAAGUCCCGGAAGCUGCCCGAGAACUUCAACGAAGCCAAGUUCAUUACCUUCAGCAUGCUCAUCUUCUUCAUCGUCUGGAUCUCCUUCAUUCCGGCCUACGCCAGCACGUACGGCAAGUUCGUCUCCGCCGUGGAGGUGAUCGCCAUCCUGGCGGCCAGCUUCGGCUUGCUGGCCUGCAUCUUCUUCAACAAGGUCUACAUCAUCCUCUUCAAGCCUUCCCGGAACACCAUCGAGGAGGUGCGCUGCAGCACCGCGGCGCACGCCUUCAAAGUGGCAGCCAGGGCCACGCUGCGCCGCAGCAACGUCUCCCGGAAGCGGUCCAGCAGCCUCGGGGGCUCCACGGGCUCCAUUCCCUCCUCCUCCAUGAGCAGCAAAAGCAACAGCGAGGACCCGUUCCCGCAGCCAGAGAGGCAGAAGCAACAGCAACCGCUCGCCCUGACCCAGCAGGAACAGCAGCAGCAGCAGCCCCUGGCUCUCCAGCCGCAGCCGCAGCAGCAGCCACAGCAGCCGAGAUGCAAACAGAAGGUCAUCUUUGGCAGCGGCACGGUCACCUUCUCUCUAAGCUUUGACGAGCCUCAGAAGAACGCCGUGGCCCACAGGAACUCCGUGCGUCAGAACUCGCUGGAGGCCCAGAAGAGCAACGACGCCUUGAGCAGGCACCAGGCUCUGCUCCCGCUGCAGUGCGCAGACACGGACUCAGAAAUGACCAUUCAGGAAACGGGCCUGCAAGGGCCCAUGCUGGGGGACCACCAGCCAGAAAUGGAAAGUCCAGAAGAAAUGUCCCCAGCGCUGGUUGUGUCCACCUCUCGGAGCUUCGUCAUUAGUGGCGGAGGUAGCUCGGUGACGGAAAACAUCCUGCACUCCUAAUGGAGGGAAAGGCUCUCCAGCGUCGAGCUUUUCUUAGAGUCCCAGGAAUAAGGACGGGUCCCUCCUUUCUUCCCUGCUUUGAACGACGGUGGACUGCCUGGCGCGCUAUUUAAAGGAGGAAGAAGAGCCACGUGUUGGGGUUGUUUUCCAGAGCUCAGUAUCGUUCCCAGGUUUGCUGAUGGCUUUUCCUCCGCUCUCUCCACCACCGGCUCAGAUGAAAGCAGGGCUAUAAGCUACCCACAUGCUCCCCUCCCUUAAAAAUGCAUACAUCCAGAAAUGCUUGCCCUGAGAGUCCAUGGAUAGCAUGAUCUGAAAAUACAGUCCAGAUACAGACUGAUGGCACAUCAGAUCUGCGGGACAGUCCCCAGGACUAACACACUGACGGUGGACAGAACUUUAUACAUUCAAGACAGCAGGCGGAUGUGCCCUCUCCUAUUUAUAGACGCCUUGAGAAGUGUGGCCUUUCUGUCCUCCCUGCUGCUGCUAUUGUGUGCCCUCUCUCCUUCCUGUGCCACCGUGUCUGGAUGUGUCCAGGAUCCGAAGGCAAUGCCCUGUUUAGAUCUCAGGAUCAUAGGAUCAUCUCUAAACACUGGGGAGAGGACUGCCUAGAUCCAAUGAGCUGUCUCUGUAAUUAAUAUUGCUUUACAUAGCUUAAUCCUUGAGAAAAUGCUUCAUGGGUGAUUACAAACUAAAAAGUGUCCCAGUCUGGAUUCUACAAGGCAGUAUUAUUGAGUUCUAUUUUCCAAUCCCAUCCCUAUGCCCUCACCCCGGUGAGCAGAGCCCUUGUGAUCCCUCUCAAGACCUCAGGUCUCCAACCACUCCCCGCCCCCGGUCCCUGCGCUAAAGGCUUUAUGAAGCCAAAUCCAGACAUGGCUCUAUGGAGAAUAAGCCCCCAGAAGAGAGUUCCCAGUGAAUGCCACAGUUCCCUCAGCAGUAAAAUUAAAGGUGCCCUCUGGCCGCCCAACUGCUAGGAACUCAUACUCCAGACCACAGGGACCAAGGUUCAGGCUCUGGCUUGGUCAUUGGCAAAGAUGGGUGGUUAUAAGCAGGAAACCACAGCCGAUUUAAUCCCGGCUUCUUUGAGUGUAAAGUAGAGAGCUACGGUUCUUUUUCCCAGGGAGCUCUCACAUGGGGUAAGCAGGAGCAUACUUUAGCCCAGUGCCUAACAUAUCAUAAGCGCUUAGCGUUAGUAAAGUGAUUAGUGACAUAGUAACCAGUAGUUUCCACUUGCUUAGACUAUGCCAUAGUUUGGAUUAUGACCCUAAAGGUCCACAUGUUAAGAGAUUGGUCCCUGGGAUGGCCCCCUUGGUGCCUUCAGGAGGUGGGAUUUAGCAGGACAUCAUUCGGUCACUGGAGAUGUGCUUUUGAGGGGAAUUAUGGAACUCGGGCCCCUCCAUUCUCUUUCUCUUCUAGUUCCGGGUCAUAAGAUGACCAGUUCGAUCGGACACAGUCUGACCAUCACUGCCAUCUAGCAUCCCACCCAAAACAAUGGUCCACCUGCCUGUGGACCAGAACCUCCAAAACAAAGCAUCAAGAUUAACUUUCUCUCUCUCUCUCUCUCUCUCUCUCUCUCUCUCUCUCUCUCUCUCUCUCUCAUUACCCGAAGUAUUUUAUUAUACUGAAAGAAAGCUGACUAAUACAGACUCUAAAGCAGAAAUUGUAUUAAGCAUCCAGAUUUUACUGUCUAAUCCACCAAAUCACAACAACUUUCUUCAGAAUAAGUCCGGAACUUCUAAGCCCCAGGUCAAAGUGUCAGCAGGAGCAAGCCCCACCCCCAACAAACCCAAUGUUCUGCCUCUGUGGAAUAGUACCACUUCCUGCACAAUCUCGGGUUGACAGUUUCUCAGAGCAGAUUCCACUGAGCCACGCUGACACCAAGACCAAGCCAUGGAACGUAAAUCCAUCAGUGGUCUAAAAUUUAUAGCUUGUGGUGAGUCUUCCUCUGACUGCUUCCUUCCCAGGCUUUUUAAGGUAACGGUUGGCAUUAUGGCCAUAAAGAGUAUGAUGAAUGGCACAUGGGUUACAAGAGGGCACAGUAGAGAGUGACCCUGUCACAGAAUACAAAUCAGUCCUGGUGAGCCACCAACACUCCAGCCAGAAAGGGCACAGCCUGGCUGAGCCUGCUGCUCUCUGCUGCCCCCCUCCGAGCAAGGCACCCUGCCAAAUGAGGGUUUAUUUUUCACAUUUUACUUGACCCUGAAAUAAAUAAAUAAACAAGCAAAACAGCAGCCAAAAGUUGAAUGGUUUUUCAAAAGCCUGCCACAAAACUAUGUGGAAAUAGCCUUGGUAAAAUGUCACACACUCUUCCUGUUCUGAUUUCGGUGCCCGCUGCCCCUUCUCCUGCAGGUAAUUUCCUCAAACCAUGAUAAAUGAGGCUCAUCAAGAAAAACAUUCGGCUGUUACACAGUAACUGUUACUGUGACAUGCCAGGGGCGUCAAUCAAGUAACGUCUAUGAACAGCCUCAUCAGAAAGGGAGAUAGGACCAUCCCAGUCCCAACUCUGCCCCCAAUCACAGAAGUAAGACAGGAAUUUUCACUGUGUCUCUAUAGCAACCUCAUUUUUAUUUCAAAUUCCUUUCCAGCCAGCAACCAAAGCUAUUGUUAAGUCAAGUCAUAGGUUUUCCCAAGACUUCUAGAGUUUUCUGAUUCAAAUUAUAUUUUUAGGUAUCAGCUCAGAAGGGUUUUUUUUUUCCCCUUCCUCUUUCCAAGUGAGUUGGAGCAUAAUAGGAGUGAGGAUCUUCAGUCAGGAGCAGUGACUCUUAGCCUUGCUGAAGCCAUCUUGUCUGGCUCUUCGGUAAACAUGUCUAUGUGCUGGCUUCCUGUAAUGUAUCUGUGGCAGCCCAAUUCUUUAUUCUUGUAACAGACUAAGCAAGCAGGCUAACUAUAGAGAGAAGAGGUUUAUUUAAUUCAUACUUAUGCUGGUUCAAGGACCAAGACCACACAAUCGCCAUUGGUCACCACAGUGGCAGGAAGGCAGUGGAAAUAGGAAACCGGGGGUGAUUUCGGGGACAGCUUUACCCUUAUAUAACAACUCACUCUUGAGGCUCUGGGGUCCCCAUAAGAACUACCUUAAUUCUUCAAAAAGCAGAUCCCACCUCCCUCCCCACAGUGACCUAGCAUCCUUCCACAAGGCUCCACCUCUCAGCACCACCACACCAGGGGCCAAGCUCCCAAUGUAUGGACCCCUUGGGAACCAUAUCUAAACCACAAACCACAAACCACAGCAGGAUCCAUUGUGGUUUCCACGGAAGAAUCGCUGUCUCAAAUGACUGGCCCUUCCUAGGCCUGCAAGCUCCCUCAACUCCUCCUGGGCCCAUCCUUGGGACAGGGAAACUCUAUGAGUUCUCACUGCGAUGAGCCCUUGACUGCUGCCCAACCAUGUCACUACAGAGACUUCCUAUACGUUAUCCAGAUAUACAGUUAUACAGCUAUAUACACUUAUACAGAUAUACAGAGCACACACUCAUAUACAUGUGUGAGAAACGGGGUGAAAUACUGACAAGCCUGUAUGGACCUGUGUGCCAGACAGAAUAAUGUUCGGCCAAAGAUGCCUACGAUUAUGACUCCAGAGCUUAUGAUUGUGUCAAAGCAAUGGUGAUCUAAGUUGCUGAUUAAAUUAUGAUUCUUUCCAAUUACCCAUGAGCCAGGAACUUGCAGAAUGGCCAGUGUCAAGUACCACAAAGUGAGGAAGGCCCUGCGACCAUACCCACAAUUGCUUUGUGUAUGGAAGGAAGGGGAAGGCAAAGGGAUACAGGUUGUUUCUAGAAGCUGGACAAGAUAAGAGCAUCGAUUCUCCCUGGGACUUCCCAGGGAGGAAUACAGGGCUGGAGUCCUUGGUUUCAGUCCAGUGAGGCCCUUUAAGGAUGUCUGACCUCUGGAACUAUAAGAUAAUAAAAUUGUGUUGUUUUAAGCCA